AUGAAUUCUGGGUCAAGUAAAAUGGACCCAAACCUUACUGGUUUGUGGGUGAACUUUUUCACAGCAGCUGGUAUACCAUCUGAAGUAGCUGCAACUUAUGCCUUAACAUUCACGGAAAAUAGAAUUCAGAAUGACAUGUUAUUAGACUUAAACAAAGAAUAUCUUAGAGACAUGGGUAUUAUUAGAAUGGGAGAUAUUAUUGCUAUUUUACGACAUGCUAAACAAGUUCAUGAAAGUACAGCUAGAGAUCGAGUGUUGAGUACCACUGUUACAAAAGUACCAGUAGCAGCUGUGACUGGCAGAUCCACAACUACACAACCUUCAUCACCUGCAACUCGUAUCCUGGAGCAUUACACUCGAAACCCACAGGUGCAGGAAACCUCACCUAUUAGAAAUCCACAACAGAAAAGAAAAUCAAAUGAAAUGGUACCUGAUGAUAUAACCAUAAAGAAAACACGGCUCAUCAGAUUUGGAACUCCACCACAAACCGCCACUACUAAAGAGGCACAGAGUAAAACAGUAUUUUCGAGACUUGGAAAUUCAGAAGCAGCUAAACCAAUUAAACCAGUUACUCAAAAGCCAAAACAAGUAUUCUCAAGGCUUGGCUCGAAGGACCAAGAUCAAGUGGUGCCUAUUGAAAAAGGUGCUUUAAAGUACGAGGGUAUAUUGAAAAGUGACCCAAAAAAGGUAUUCACAGUCACCUCCAUCAAUAACGUAAGGAAAAUAGCUGUUGGUACAAUGAGAGCGGACCAAGCUCCAAUCAGUGUAAAAGAAAAAUUAGCUAUAAAAACGAAGUCAGUUAAAUUUUCAAACCAUGUGGAAUAUAAAGAAAUUGAAGCAGCGAAAUCACUAAAUAAACCUGUAAAUACAGCCAAAAAGUUUACACCUGUUUUUAAUAAACCAGAAAGGAGGUUGUCUAUGCCAGAAAAUAAUGUAAAAGCUAGGUUAGGUUUGAAAAAUGAGAAAAAGAUUACAAUAACCAGAAAUGUUUUUAAUAGAUUAGGUGCC